AUGCCAAAUGUCCUAUUAUCUGAUUCUGAAAAUGAUGUUGACUUGGGUUUGGAGAAUGACAAUGAGAGGGAGUGUUCUGAAGAUGAUGAGAAUAUGCUGGCAGAUGAGCAGAUUAUUAACUAUAGUUCAGAUGUUGAUGAAGAAAGGGAAAAUGCUAGGCAUCAAGUCACAAAAUAUAUUAAAUUGAGGGAAACAAUAACUGAGAAUGCUGAUCUCAGUGAUAAUGAGGAGGAAGGAAGGACCUCUGAAGGUGGAAAAUUUUCUAAGAAUGAAGAUACAUCACAGGCAAUUGACAGUGGAAAAGUUAGUGGCUAUGAAUCUGAUUACAUUGAUUCCUCAGAUCCCGGAAGUUAUUCAGACACUAGUGAGGGUUCUGAAGCAGAUGACGCAGUCAGACACAAAUCAAGUAAUAGCCUUUUUGAUCCUCACAAGCCUAUCAAAGAUUUUAGAAUUGAUCUUAGGUUUAAAGAACUGAAAAUGUUCAAGAAUCAACUUGUUGACUUCUCAAUGAAGAAGGGAUUUCAAUUCAACACAAAAAAAAUGUAUGUUGUUAAAAAUUAUGUCUCUGAACAUUCAUGCAUUCUUGGAACCAGUAAGAACAAAAGAGUCACAGCUUCUACAGUUGUUAGGAGAUUUGGAGAUAUUAUAGCUUCUAUGCCUUUUAUUAAGCCCAGACAUUUAAAGACAAUGGUGAGGAAGGAGCUAGGAGUGUUCAUUACUGACAAGGUUUGUAGGAAUGCUAAAAGUCUGGUUGCGGGGAGGCUUAUAGGUGUUGAUGGAUGCUUCUUAAAAGGAAUAAUGAAAGGACAGUUGUUGGUUGCAGUAGGGAGAGAUGGGAACAAUCACAUGUUCCCCAUUGCAUGGGCAAUUGUGGAUAAGGAGACCACUGAGACAUGGACAUGGUUUUUUCAAUACUUGAGUACAGAUCUUUGCAUAGGAGAGGGGCUUGGAUGGUCACUUGUUAGUGACAUGCAAAAGGGAUUGAUCCAUGCAGUUACAACACUUAUGCCAUUUAUCGAGUAUAGAAUGUGUGCAAGACACAUUUAUGCACGAUGGGGUAAGCAACACCCAGGUAAAGAAUUGCAGAUUCAGUUCUGGAUAAUUGCUAGAUGCACUUCCCAGCCUGAGAUGCGGAAGCAGUUGGAUAGAAUGAAAGCUAUGAAAGGAGGGGAAAUGGCAGUUCAGGAUUUGGUAGAGAAGUGGCCUAUAAAUGGAUGGUGCCAGGCAUUUUUCAAUAAUGUUGUCAAGUGUGAUACAAUUGACAAUAACAUGUGCGAGACUUUCAAUGGAGUUCUGGUCGAAGUUAGGAGCAAGCCUGUGAUUGCCAUGCUGGAUGAAAUCAGGAGAUAUGUCAUGAAUAGAUUAGUUGCAAAAAGAGAACAAGUUGCCAAGUGGAAAUCAGAUCGUGGACCUAACAUUAUUGCAAAGAUAGAGAAAGAAAUGAUCAAAUGUGGAAAAUGGGAGGUUGAAUGGAAUGGUGCUGCAAGUCACGAGGUGUGGUGGUAUGAUCCAGAGCAGCAUGUCAGGGAAAGCUAUGAUGUCAAGUUGGCAAGUAAGAGUUGUACUUGUCAGAAAUGGGAUAAAUCUGGUAUCCCUUGUCAGCAUGCUCUAUCUGCAAUAGCAUACCAUGGGGAAGAUCCUCUUAAUUUUGUCUCUAACUGGUUCAAGAGAGAAACUUAUCUUAAGUCAUAUAAAUUCAAUAUUAAUCCAGUUAGAAGUAGAAUGUUCUGGCCAAGAAAGGCAGAGUCUUCAAGUGUGGAGUUUGUCAUCUUUGAAGGAGCACAGAGGAGGGGUUGUCCUAAAACAAAUUAUGUUGCCACAUCAUCUGCCAUUGGUGCAAGUGGUCAGACAGCACAACAAGGUAAGAAUAAAAAGGCCAAAGGAAAAGAAAAGGUAGCUGCUACUUCACAAGCAAGGAGGAGUUCUGAUGCUAGUUAUUUCACUGUUUUAAAAGGUGCUUAUAUUGGAGAAUUAAUUGUCGGAAGAGAAUUUCCACAUGGUUCAAGCUUCAUUACUGCUGCAGAAUUGGCUGCUAGAAGGAAUGCAAAGAUUAAAACAACCAACAACCAAACUGGAGAAAACUUGAUGAGCUCCACAAUAGAAGAAGUUGACUUACCAACACAAUGGAACAUGACAAGUGAUGUGCUUACAGAAGACCCUCAGCCUUGAAAGUAGGAACUGCUCAGACUGUAAGAUAUUUUGCUUUUUUUGGAGAAUGUGUAUGCUUGUCUGAGAUAGAACUAUCUAAUACUUGAUGACUUCCAAUGUUUUGUUCAUUAACUGUG